GGUGGAAUGAUGAUGAUGAUGGAUGGAAGGUGGGAGGGAGGGGUUGAGGGGUAAAGUUUAAGGGCGGGAAAAGAAAAGUGUCUCCUUGUUUUCUGGAACGACGCUUUUCGCCGAGCCUGAUAGCCGUGUCGGCGCCUUGUAGACAAACGCUGUUGUGUCUGCUGCGACAAGAUAUUGAACAGCAGGCCCUGCCUCUCUCCCUCCCCACUGCCAGCGUGCGUGCGGCGGUGCACGUGCGUGUGUGUGGCGAUACGAAAGGUUAUAACUAGUCGCGGCUCUUCACCGCCGCCGUCAGUCGACAUCGCGGAGCGAAAGACAGAACGCGAGAAGGCGACGCGGCAAGAACGCGACGCGGGGCGCACAGCCCACAAACACGCACGCACGGCACGCACGCAGUCAGGCGCGUCAUGCGCGAGCGCUGGCGGGGCCGCGGCAGGUAAAAGGUAAGGGACGACGCAGCGUGAGGCAAUGGACCCGCAGUUAUCACCUGACGUGAGCAUCGUGGAGGUACGCGCGGCAAGCUGCGCUUUCGCUUGCGCCGCCGCCUCGGCCACCACCGCCGCUGCCGCUGCCGCCUGCCCACAGGUCAGCACCGCUUUCGCCGCUCACCCCCAGAGCCUGUCCCCCUCGCAUGGAGGUCGCACGGUGCAAAGUCCAGGUCAGGAGCGUUAUCUGCCAACGAAUCACGGUCAUCAGACUCAUCACCAUCAUCAUCAACAACAACAACAUCAGCAGCAGAUAUCGCCACCGCAGCAACUCCACCUGGCGCUGGGGUCAUCACGCGGGGUCGACGUGGCAUGCUGGAUUCAAAACUCGGCCGCUGCACAGCCCACCGUGGCCACCACGGACACCAGCACCCACCCGACCCCUGCCGCACACCCUCUUCCGACAUCCAGCAGCGGCACGACGAGGCUGUGUCAGCAGCAACAGACAUCCUCUGCUGUCCCGCAACAACAACAACACGUGUGGCAUCUACAACCCCACCAACAAGUUCACAACCACCAGCUGGCGUCGGCACCCCUCUCGCACCGACCCCGGGGGGAUGAACCGCCACGCCACUGCAGCGCCGGGGAGGGGCCACCCAAGUUCCCUCACCCGGCGCCUUUCCCGCCCCACGGCGCCAACAACGGAUUCUACCCCUCUGGGGAGUGUUCUUGGGGGACUCGAACCUCUUCCCUCAGUGCCAACCACGUGACAGCUCCGAAUGUAGGAGGUCGAGAGGGUGGUGUGCGAGGAUAUCCCCCUUCCUCCAUGCCAGUGCUGCUGGAGGGGGCUCGCUGGACUGUGGGGUCGGAGCAGCAGUCACCUCCUUCCUUGCCGCAGCCGAGUUUUGGUGGACAGGUCAUCGGCCCGGCGUCCGUGAGGUCAGAGCCACCCCAGGGCAGUGGCGCGGGGCCAGGCUUUGGAAAAGGAGGAGUGAUUGGCGGCAGCAGUUCGCUGGCUACCAAUACAGGCUUUAACCAGGGUUCGAACCCUGUAAAAGGACAGUAUCCCUGCGUGGGGCAGAUGGGUAGUGGAGGAGCGGUUGCCAUGACGACAAGCCAGCCUAGCAACGCUUCAGAGUGGCAACUUUACAACGUUCUCAAGCGGGCGAAUCUGCUUCAAUAUUAUGACACUUUUAUCGCGCAAGGAGGAGACGAUGUGCAGCAGUUGUGUGAAGCUGGAGAGGAUGAAUUCUUGGAAAUUAUGGCACUGGUUGGAAUGGCAGCAAAACCCUUGCAUGUUCGCCGUCUUCAGAAAGCUCUGCAGGAAUGGGUGGCCAACCCAGCAGCUCUGGAAGCAAAUGCAUCUGCUGGGUAUCCAGUGGUUCCUCUCACAGGCCCAGCACCAGGCAGCAUCAGUGCAGUGGUCCGUGACUGUGUCAACCUUCAGACCCAUCCUCCCCAGACCAGCCAGGCUAUUGUGUCUGCUACUACCUGGACACCACAGCCCCCACCACCUCCUCGCAGCAUCAGCCCCUCUGAAAGCAUCCCAAGCCCAUCAUCUGUGUCCAUCGGUCCAGAUGGCAAAGAGGACCGAGGUAGUUCACCCAUGUUGCAGCCAGUGUUAAUUGAGAGCCAGAUCAAGGCCAUCGCCAUGGCAGCCAGUUCCCUGGCCAAACAGCUUCCCUACUUUGAGCCAAAGGACCUCAAUGCCAAGAAGCCAAUCAACCGCGAAAUACAGAAUCUAAUGACAUCGCAAGAUGACCACCCAAACAGAAUUGAAGAACUCAGAAAAUAUGCUGCAAUUUAUGGACGAUUUGAUUCCAAAAGGAAAAAUGACCGUCCUAUGUCUCUGCAUGAGAUUUCUGUGAAUGAAGCUGCAGCUCAGUUGUGCCUGCAUUGUCCAGCUCUGUUGACACGCCGCGAAGAUCUUUUCCCUUUGGCACGACAGGUUGUGAGAGACAGUGGUUACCAAUACUCUAAAGGACAUUCCAGGGCUGCUGAUGUGGUUGUGUCAACUAAAAAGGCUCGGCUAGAUCCUGUAUUUCAACGACAUUUGGAUGCAUCAUUUGGAUGCAAACAGGUCAAACAAGAGUUUGACAAGGAUUCUCGUGAGGAGAGAAUGAGUGCUGUGGCCCAGGAACUGGCGUCCAUCCGGCAGCAUAAGGAGCAAGUGCAGGCAGAGCUGGCCACAGCGCGGGAGGAGGAGGACUUCUUUCAGACUCAGAAGCUGAAGUCGGAGCUGGACAGCCUGACCUCACAGCAGCUGCAGGUGCUGCAGGAACACAGCGACCUUCUUCGUCAGCCACACUCCCGGCACAGCAGAUCCAACUUUUCUAAACAAAGUGAAGGCGGUGACCAGAACAAAGAUGACCCAUCGGCAGCUAGUGGCAGCUCCUCACCCAUUUCAGACUCCAAUGAUAGCUUUAACCCAUUCUCCUCCAUACCACUUGAUUCACUGUACGCAGCAAUACGAAACACCAAUGGAACUCUGUUUGAGGAAGGGCUGCGGAUCGCACAGCAGUAUGGCAUGGCUGAAUUCGCCAAGGAGCUCAAGGAGUUGCAGCAGCAGCGGCAGAGCAACAGCCCAGAGGACAGUGGCAUGGGUGGUGUCAAAGAACUUGACCAACCCUUCGAGCUGCGAGAGAUCAAGAAUGAACCAGACGCUGGCACGGACCCGGAGGUGAUCUCUGAUGAAAGCUCACAUCCGAGUGCAGAGGGAUCAGUGGUCAUCAAGCGAGAGACUUCUUCUAAACGUUCCACAUCAUUAUCCCCCUCAAUAAUCACAGAAAAUGGCACUCAGGCCACUCUGACUCAGCCUUUAAGAUCGGCCAGUGCCAGCCCCUUGAAAUCAAGGGGAGAGAAGCCAGAGCUGAAGAGAAAGGGAGAGAACUUGGAAAUGCUACCCACUAGACCGCCAUCACGACGCAGCCGGUCAAACCAUAAUGGUGGUUUGUGUGGUAGCAUGGCUUAAAUUUUGUUUAAUAUGUUAAAAGAGGCUGUUCCUAUUGAGCCGUGCUCCUUUUCAAAAAAAAAAAUUUUCCAUAAUUGGUUUGUGGUUAAAAAUCCAAUGGCAGUUACAUAAAAGUUUAAAAAAAAAAGAAAAUUUAACUUAACUGCAAUCAGACAUUUACUACCACUAAAGCAAGAUCUUAUGCUGUAUAGUAAGUCACGUGAGCAUUCGCAGUUUUCUGCAGGUACAGAGACUGUUCCUUUCAUAAUCAUUAUUUAUAUAAAUUUCACAGCCUUUGUGUUGUUCUGUUUUAAAAACUUUUAUUUUUCAUUGUCCAUUCCAUCAUAUGACUCCAUUUGUUUUGUUCAAAAAUUUGGUUUGUUAAGUAAAUUUUGUUACUUGCACGUUUUGAGCUUCCUCUCACCUUUUAUGAAAAAAAAAACCAUGUUUCAUCAUAAUUACAUUAUCUUAGUGUUUGACAUGUUAUAAUUAAUCUUGACUGACCCCUUUCCCUACCUUAGUCUCAUAAUGUUUGUGAUCAGGUGAAAAAGCUCAGUGAUUUGAGGUAUUUCUUUACGCAGCCCGUACUGUCGUAAUCAUCUUGAGCAUAAUUAUGUUGUAUGUACAACUAUGUCUUUUGUUUUUCCCCCUCGAUGGAACCAUUGCUCUUGGCAAAAUGCUUCGUCAAGGUAGCGGUGGGAUGUAACGCUUCAAUUCUCAUGUUGAACAACAUUCAGUCAUGUGUAAGGACAGAAACAGAUAUGAUGCUGAUGCCACCACUUUCAGCAAUGAGAAGGAAAAUAUGGCUUGUGUAUGUGUGGGGACUCAUGCACGUGUGUGAGUGUGUGCUUGCAAAUGUAUUGCUUGUUUUGUGUUAGCCCUUCAACAUUACUUUUGUGCAGCAUGUGUCCUGGCAUGCUAGUCAUUUUCUUGACAAGCGUUUUUCUCACCACCUAUGUUUUUCUGUGUCAUGAGUUUUGAGGUGAAGUAUCAAAUCUCCAUAUCACUUAUCUAAGAGACUAUUUAUUAUUGAAAAUUGUGAACAUACCUUGCAAUACACUUAAAGAUACUUGUAACUGACAGUAAAUAACAGUACCAUUGAUGGGCAUGCAAUCUCCCUCCCUAUCUGUGUAACCUACUUUCAUGAUACUAUUGAGUUCACUCUGCAACAUGUAACAUUCCAUUUUGGCAGAUACUUUAUGUUGAUGCAAAGCUCUCGAACAACUGUUUUCGUGGCGUCUGGUGCCUUCCCAAAGACUGGGUCUAUUUUUGUAACCUGAUGUUUCUUUUGCCUACAGACCAUGCAGUGCUUGCCAGGUCGGUGUGUAUUGUGAAGCACCAUCCUCCUGCUGGGCUAACCUAUCACACUAUCCUACUCACAUUUUUUUUAAGGCAUGUCGCAUAGACUUGAGGAUUGCAGAUGAAAAAAAGUAGUCUUUGUUCAAGAACUGUUUGCAUACAAGGAUUUUGGCAUGACUAUAUUUGCUUGCAAUCUUCACCUCUAUAUGACAAGCUACCAUUGGGCCAUCAUAAAGUGGCCCACAUCACACACCCCAUCAUAAAUAGCAUCUGAUCUUCAACGUUCUCUGCAGCAUUUUUUUGUGUGGGCAUUUCAUCUCGUCUACCUUGAUUGUGCUUCAUGUGUCACAGCAUCCAAGCGACCUCUUUGUUCAAUAUAGUCAUGCAAUUUUAACACUGCAAGACCCCAUAAUCCCAAGUGUAAAAUGUAUCUUAGAAAUAUGAUUUGUAAAUGAUUAUCUUAUAAUCUGCACUCUUAGCAGUCUUGUAUGUUGAUGCAACAGUGAAAAAUGCUUGAGAGUUGUAGGGUUUAAAAGAAGGGAAGGGUGGGUGGGCCCACAACUGUUGAGACAAAAAGUUUGUUAAAUAGUUUUUUCACUUUUAAAUGCUUCAUAUACUUUAGCAUGUAAAAGAUGGUAAAAGAUAUGCUAAUUACUUCAAAGACACAGAUCCUUAUUAAUACUCAAAUUGUCAGUUCAGCUGCUCUGCACAGCACAACUUAAUCACAGGUAUGAAAGCACGGUCAUGUUCUCAGCACUCAAGUUUUGAGUCUAAGUGGGGUUUGAAGUAUCUGCAUGCGUGUGAGUGAAAGAGACAGAAUUAUUUGUGUACUUGAAAUGUUUAUAAGCAUGCUGCAGUGCCUGAUAAAGAAGAGAAAUUUACAUGACUGCCUCUAUUGCUGUACAUGUAUUUCUGUGCACUUCAGUGAGUGUCCCUUUAAAGGAUUUUCUGUUGAUAAAAAGAAUCUGUCAUUGCUGUUUAUCAGAGUGCAUAGGAGAUGUCAUUCGGUAAACAUGAUUUGUGAAGAUUUUGUGAAGGCACAGCAAGCACAACUACCAUGUAAAAGCUAUUGCCUAAUGUCCCUCUGAAAAGUGUUCUGUUGAAAUAGGCAUCAUGGCAGGAAAACGUUUUCACGGAGCAGAUGACUGUUUCACAAUCAUGGGGAAUGGACCAGUUCUCACACCUGUUGCACCUAUCUUUACAGCCAGCAGCUGUAGCAUAAAAUGCCACAGAGCUGUUUCUUACUGUGUUUUGUCAUUCCAUAAUUCCAUUCGCUUAUCUGUCACCAGAAGUGCUUGGUUGUGCUCCUACCAUAACCUGUUCCAUCAGUUGGUACCCUGUGACCACAGUCAGCUGUGAGGUGGACAAUAAACAGGGUCCUUUCUAUUAUUUGCUUUUUAAUUUAGUUUUUUUGUAAUGAGGGUGGGAGGGUAAAAAGUCAAGAACGUUGUACACACUCAUAAUUAUGGAAUUGUUCAUUUGAAAUGUGACAUUGUCAUUCAAAGUACAAAGUUCACCAUUUGCAGAAAUCAAUUUUCCAUGCCUUAGUCCACAAAACAGUACAUGCUUAAUUACAAUAAGGGACUGUCAAAGGUAUUUCAGUAUAUUCUUAAUUUAUUAAUCAUUCACACCAGGCACAAAGCUUUGCUGUAAUUUUGUGUGUAAAAUCAAGACAAGCCCUGAUGUUUUUAAGCUAUAUUCUUGGUUAGGUGAACACACCAAGGAAAAAGGUAACAGUAAACAGACUGUGCACUUGCUGUUAUCAACUCCAAAGCAAAAGACGUGAAAAUAAUUGUUGUCACAGAUCAGACUAAUGGCAUACAAUGGAGAGGAGGGCAAUGCAGACUGGCACCCAAAAACAAGACCCAAUAGAAGAGAAUACCAUUGGUACCACAAGGCUGUAGUCACCUCCCAGAUUUGUCAUAUUUCUCCCCAAGUUUUGCAUGAAUUGUACAACUCUUAGGACAUCAGAACACAAUAACAAACAACUCCUAUGUACUCCAUGUUUGGCAGGAAAAAGGCACAGGAGGAGUCCUAUUUACAGUCCCAGUUCAAAUAAUGCUAUUAACUUACACCAUGAAGAACAAUUCUCAGAGGAAAGACUGCUUCGGAAAUAGAACCUCUAUAUAAAACCCUGUAUUUUCAAAAUAUCUGUAAGAAGUGGCAAAGCAGUUCCCGACACUUGGCUUCAGUGAACAGUCUGUAGGUUCACUCAGUACAUUUGACAAUUAGGCAAUCCACACCCUCCUGCCUACAACAAAUGUACGCAAAUCUGAACAAAAAGUCAUCAUAUGAACAAAAUGAGAAUGGAAAUAAUUUAUUAUGUUGAGAAACUGUUAUCUAUAUCAACACCAUCCUCGAUCUCUGUUAUUAUUUUUCCUCAAAGUGCAAAUAGGUAUCACUGGCUGAAAAUUUCUGACAAAAAAAAUCAAGAACACUGCUGACAAUACAAGCACAGGAUAUUAUUUUGUGCAUCAAGUCAUGUAAGCAUUAUUUUAAUCAAAACAUAUAGCUGAAUUGUUUUUAUAUAUCUAGUUAUGUACAUCAAAGAUGAUUUACAUCAGAAAGAAAUAGUAUAAAUUUUCUGUACAUGUGGUAUAGCUUGAUAAACACAAUCCAAAAGCUCACCAACCACUUAAUCAUUAUGGCAACAGUCUGCCACAGACAAUGAAGCAAAUAAGCUACAUGAAUGCAAUGGCAGGGGUUGAGUGGAGGGGUAAAACAAAAACCAGAGGACUGACAAAUGGAUGUGGGUGGAAAUUCGGGGAAUGAAAUGGGCAGACAGGACGGCACCAGGAUGAAACAGUUGAUACUCAAGCCAAUCUCUCACUCUAGCUCUUCAUGUAAUAUCUUGAAAUUUCCAUCAUAAUCCCACCUCCAUUACCACUAACUCAUUUCCGAAAAAAAAAAAAA